UCAGUGGAUUCUGGAAAAAAAUACUACAGAGCAGUGCAUUGCCUGUCUCAAUUACAUUCAUUGUGUUUGGAUUUGCUCUACCGAAUUUAACUAGUUUUAAUGUCAUUUCCAAUUAGAAACCUAUCAAGAAAAGUGAAGCAAUGUUACAAAACCUACAAAGUUAUGACUAAAAGUAAUUAUCGGAAACUGCAGAUGUGCGGUACGGAGGAGGAAAUGCGAGACGUGGCGGCGAGGAUUUGCAGGAACUACCUUCAUGGAGCCUGGAAGACGGUGGACCCCUCGGAGCUGGACUUCAAGAGGAUCAGCGGUGGGCUGUCAAACUUUCUGUACUACGUGGCGCUGCCAGAUGACAUAUCCAAGGCCAAGCUGCGGGAGUCCAUGUCGGUGGAAGACACCAGUUACAUGGCCGGAGUGAUGAGCAGGUCGUUCUCUGGAGAAGAACCUAAAAAGGUUUUGCUCAGGAUAUACGGCCAGGUGCACGGGCAGCGGGCUAUGGACGCUAUCGUGACGGAAUCUGUCAUUUUCACACUUCUGUCAGAACGGCGGCUGGGGCCCAAAUUGUACGGCGUAUUCUCUGGAGGAAGGAUAGAGGAAUAUAUUCCCGCCCGAUCCCUCCUCACAAAAGAGCUCGCCGAGCCAGCGCUAUCUAUGAAGAUUGCCGAAAAAAUGGCCGCCAUACAUUCCAUGGACAUUCCCUUGUCCAAGGAACCUAACUGGCUUUGGAAGACCAUGGGCAAGUGGAUAAAGACGGCUAAAGAAGAGAGGCUCACGGGGACCGGCAAGAAUGAAGAGGAAAACAACAUCAUUAAGCGGUUAAAAGCUGUAGAUUUUGAGAAGGAGGUGGAAUGGCUGAAGAAGUUCCUGUCCACAGUGGACUCUCCCGUGGUCUUCUGCCACAACGAUAUGCAGGAGGGUAACAUUCUAUUGCUAGAAGACAUUCACACAGACGAAGAACCAUCAUACAGACUACAUACAUACCCAGAGGACAGUCCUAGAAAAUCCUUCGACCCCCUCUCGCAGUACGAAGACGCGAACACAGUCGACUCUGAAUCCAGUCACAUCUCAGACUCUGGGGAACCCAAGCUCGUACUGAUAGAUUUCGAGUACUGUGCAUAUAACCACAGGGGUUUCGAUAUAGCCAACCAUUUUCAAGAGUGGGGCUAUGAUUAUACGAACCCUGAACAUCCUUAUUAUUAUGAGAAUCAGGAGAAUCACCCGAAUUUAGAGCAAAAGGAAAUAUUCAUCCGCGAAUACCUAAAGCACUACAACUACUACGCAAACGACACAAAGGACGCAACGCCAUCUAUUGACGACGUGAAUCAUCUGCUCAACGAAGUGGACGCGUUUACGAUCGCGACUCAUCUGCUCUGGUGUCUUUGGUCCAUAGUGAAUGCCAGCAAGAGCCAGAUCCCCUUCGGUUAUUGGGAAUUCGCCAUGACACGGCUCGAAUCCUACAUCCGGAUGAAACAGGAAGUGAAGAAAGACAAGUUCGGGCCGCAGAAGAGGAAAAUCUGCGAGGUCGACAUAUGAGUGCAGUGCGAUACACUUUCAGUGGAAUCCUUGAACGUUUGACAAUUUAAACAUAUGUAUAUAAUUUACAAAUACCAGUAAGUUUUUUUUGGAAAAUGUAUUAAAACUGUCCUCAUCUUCGCGCAGUUCCUAAAGAAAGGCGGAUCCUGAAGCAGGAAUUCCCAAAUAUUUAUUUUACUGUGACGCCCUUGGUAACUUGCAAUUUUUUUGAGACACCCUCUGAUCCAAAACUACCUACCAUCAUUGACAUAUGUCUAUACUCUGUAUCUUUAGGUAUAGGGACCGUGCGCGUUGGAGGGUCUGCCAUCUUGUGGCCUGAAUCGGAACCAUAAACAUGCACAUUUACACGUCACGUGUUUUCUUGUGCAUAGUAGGUUCUGCCAUCUUGUGGGCUACAUCGGAACAAUAAACAUCAGUCCUACAGUUCAUGUAUUUUAAUAAAAGUAAACAAACAAUUUGUACAUUUUUGGGUAGUAUUUAUGUAUUUGUAUAUGAUAUAUAUCGUUGUCUGGCUCACAACACAAGCCUUCUUGAGCUUACCGUUGGACUUAGUCAAUCUGUGUAAGAAUGUCUCUAUAAUAUUUAUUUCUUUAUUUAUUUAUAAGCAACGCCCUCGACGCACAGUUAUCCGGGAAGCCCUGUUGUAGACCUAGACCCAGCCCAAGGCCCCGAAAGGGGGGGGGGGGGGUUAUGAUCCCCAUGACAGCCCUCCCCCCCACCGCGUAAUGGUAUCCGCCCUUACCAUUUAAAACAGUUUCAGAAGUCUUCUAUUGGUGGGUAUUUUAUUGUUAUAACCAAAAGGGCAAAAGACUAAUCGUUUGGUAAAUUGUGAAAUCGGGAGUUUUUGUAUAUGUGAAAAAUCGUUUGAGUGAAAAUUGCGAAUUUAGGUAGAACUUUUAGGUUAGAUGUAAACAAACAUCCAUUGAUUAAGAUAUUUAAAAUCUAAGACAGGUAAACGAGAUGGUACUGAACAACUCCAUACAUUUUGCAGUAACUAUGACUCAAAAGUUGACAUUUGACAAUUCAGUUACCGCGAAACAUAUGGCGCAGUACAGCGCCAUCUGUUUUGGAUGUCAAAUUAAGGGGCAAGUUUUUUUCUUAGAAUUUACCUCUCUAUUACAAUUAUUUCUCUUUGAUAUCAUUGAAAACGCUUUUAAAUAAUACGUUCUUAUUAAUAGAAUCUGUUGGAGAUUGUUCAACUGCAUCAUUUCAUCAUUUGUGCUUCAUUUUGAAUAAUUAAUUAAGUAUUAUUUCGAAUAUCUGAUAAUUAUAAUAAAAAAAAAAUAGCAAAUUAGAUUUAAGUGUGCACAAAAUAUACGAAUGUUGCGUACUAUUCGUUUUAAGGUAAGGUGGGGUAAGAUGGACAUAGUUUAUUUUGCUCGGGGCAAGACAAACUUUAAGAGAAUUCCAUACAAUUGUUUGUUUUGGCCCUGUGAAAGUCUUAUUCCAUUUUACCUUAUAGAUUUAUAAAUACCAUACCCAUGGCCAUUAAUUAUGUUGUGUAAAUUAAAUAUGUAAAAUUUGUCAAUACAUAUAUUAUAGAAAUAUGUUCAUAUAAAAACACAUACACACAUUAGGCAUUAGGGUUUAGGCACAUUUCAGUUUGACAAUACUUUGUUUAUCUGUGCGUCAAUAAUACAUUAUUACAUUACCUAAGUUUUUUUUACAAAUUCAAAGUAGUAUUCUUACUUGUACAUUGUUAUAUUUAUUUAUUGUAUUAACUUGUAUUAAUUUUUUGCGUGAAGGUUAUUGAAAUAUCUUUUUAGGCGAAAUUGUCCAAAAAAAGUCUGGUCCAUUUCCAAAAAAAACUUAAGUUCCUUUUAUUGUAGUAGGAAUCAUGUGUUUUAAAUUUUUCAAUAUUUUCCAUGCAAAAAAAAGUGAUUAUGAACGUAGUUCCAUUUUUUGUCUGUAAAAUACGGAAUGUGAUCUUAGUACUUAAGUAUUAAGUAAGUACUAAAACGCUUGCGAAAAUCGCGUUUUAGAAAAAAAGGGACACAGUACAAAGAUUUUGUAAUUUUCUUAACUUGAAUGAAAAUAUUAAAAUCAUAAUUCAUGUAGAUAUUAAAAAAAUAAUCAUAUUAAAAUGUUACCACUUGUUAGCUAUACAGGGGUUAGGUUAGUGAAGUCGAUGUGAAAAUAUCUGUAAGGUAAAUGCGGCCAAAUUUUUCAAUCGUAGGAAUAAAGUCGGCUUUGUGUGAAAUUAUGAAUUGUGUUUGAAAGAAAUGAUAGUGAAGGUACGUAAUUGCCCCUAUGACGGAUUUGGCCGCAUCUACCUUACCUACAUUAGUUAGUUUGCUUGGCAUUUUCGGUAAAUUUACAACAAUUGUGGUUAUUACUCUUACCACCCCAGCUCCUCCAACGAACCAUUGAGUAAGGAAGCAUAAACUGCUCACUCCAUACAUCAGUUGUCUUACAAAAAUACUUAUACACCGUGGGCCAAUUAAACCCGACAGAUUGCAUAGGUGUAUUCUUGACCGUAUUUAGAGACUAAAAUGUCAUACAAUGUUUUCUGAAAUCGGUCUUGUUUUAGAGAUAAUGACAAUUUCAGUGAAAAUUUGUUUCUUUUAUAACUUAGUCAAAAACGCCUUUUUAGCUGUGACGCUGCCACUAUGUGACUUGGUUUAGACAUACCUACUGAAAGAUAUUAAAGUUUUAAAGUAAGCUCGCAUUUUUCUUCUGUAAAUAAAAAAAAAAUCUUUACUUAUUCGUUGUAAUGAUUUUUUUUCACCAAGGUGUAAAAAUAAAUAACUCUUCGUGUGCAGUAAACGCAAAAGGAAUUUUUUUUUCGGCGAAUAUGGCCAAAACUCAUAUACUGAACAUUUUUUGCUCCUUAUGACCUCAGGAAAGCGUGGUUAAAAUCUGUCGGGUUUAAUUGGCCCACGGUGUAUGAUGUUCGUAGUCGACAUCUAGCGUAAAGUAGCGAAUUUAUCAGUACCGCUACUUGACACUAGAUGUCACGAGUGUCGCGACUGACGAACAGUGUAUUGCUCAAUUUACAUCUAAUAUUACAAGCAAAAUAUUUAAAAAAGCGGUGGUGGCCGAGUGGAUAUGACGUCCGACUUUCAAUCCGGAGGUCGUGGGUUCAAACCCCGGCUCGUACCAAUGAGUUUUUCGGAACUUAUGUACGAAAUAUCAUUUGAUAUUUACCAUUAGCUUUUCGGUGAAGGAAAACAUCGUGAGGAAACCUGCAUACAUCUGCGAAGAAUCUGUGUAUGUAAAGUCCCCAAUCCGCAUUGGGCUAGCCCGAGCCCUCUCGCGUAUGAGAGGAGGCCUGGGCCCAGCAGUGGGACGUAUAUAGGCUGAAUUGUUAUUAUUAUUAUUAUAUUACAAGCAGAUGGAGUUCCGGUCAAUCCGGUUAUAGUAUUAACUGAAACUGUUGAGCAUUAGAUUUUCCGUGCGUCGCGACAUCUAUUGUCAAGUAGCAGUACUGAUUCCGCUACUUGGCGCUAGAUGUCGGCUACGAAAAUAAUAAGCGUUUUGGUCAGAAAACUCAUGUAUGAAGUUACUUAUUUCUCUAUGGCGGAACCCAGCAACGUUUUCAUAUUACUGACUGUAGGGUGUACGGAGAUCUUAGUUGCUACGGCCGAUUUUUAUAUUUACUCGUUUUUUAGGGUUCCGUACCCAAAGGGUCAAACGGGACCCUAUUACUGAGACUCCGCUGUCCGUCCGUCCGUCCGUCCGUCUGUCACCAGGCUGUAUCUCAUGAACCGUGAUAGUUAGCCAGUUGAAAUUUCUACAGAUUAUGUAUUUCUGUUGCCGCUAUAACAACAAAUACUAAAAACAGAAUAAAAUAAAUAUUUCUUUCCAAUCUCGAGAUUCUCAUCCAAUCGACGACCGGUUUGGCCUAGUGGGUAGUGACCCUGCCUACGAAGCUGAUGGUCCCGGGUUCAAAUCCUGGUAAGGGCAUGUAUUUGUGUGAUGAGCAUGGAUAUUUGUUCCUGAGUCAUGGGUGUUUUCUAUGUACCUAUUUAAGUAUUUAUAAAUAUUUAUAUAUUAUAUAUAUCGUUGUCUAAGUACCCUCAACACAAGCCUUAUUGAGCUUACUGUGGGACUUAGUCAAUUUGUGUACUUAAUAAUGUCCUAUAAUAUUUAUUUAUUUUAAUAUUUAUUUAUUUAAUCACCGAAGUUAAGCAACGUCGGGCGGGGUCAAUACUUGGAUGGGUGACCGUUUUUAUAGAUAAUGGUACGGAACCCUUCCUGUGCGAGUCCGACUCGCACUUGGGGCGGUUUUUUUCGUCAGAUUACAUAGUUUUUAUGUAUGUAUGUAUGUAUAUACUUUAUUGUACAUAGAAAUAAAAACACGAAAAACACAGUUACAGAGUAAAUUAAACACAACAAAGGCGAACUUAUCCCUGUAUGGGAUCUCUUCCAGUUAACCUUUCAGUUUUUUGUUUUUCAUUCCAUACAGAAGCGUAAUUUCUCACAUGUCCUAAAAAUGUCCCUCAAUUGCAAGUACAAAAAAAAACGGAAAAUUAUAUAAAUUUGGACACAUUGUGAUUUCGUGAUAUUGUUACCACCAAUUUGUUACCAGUGGUAACUACUGGGAUUUUUUUCCCCACCGUUGACUAGUAGUAACUAUUGGGAUUUUUUUCCCACCGUUUACCAGUAUUAAUGUAAUGCUUACAAUAUGUUAAUCUUAUUAUUUCCUCUACGAGACAGGCUAUGCCUAGUGUGGAGGUCAGUAUAACAUGUAACACUGUUUAAACUUAUAUUGGUCAAAUAAACAAUUUGUAUUUGUAACUACGGGAAAAAAAUCGAACCAAACCAAGUUGGUGGUUUUUUCCCAGUAAUUACCACUGGUGAAACGUGGGAUUUUCCCAGUAGUUACCACCAAAAUGUUGAUUAAGUCCAAAACAAAUGAAACCAGUAGUUACCACUGGUUAAAGGUGGGAGAAAAAUUCCCAGUAGUUACCACUGGUAACAACUUGGUGGUAACUAGAACGAAACAUUUAGCUCAGGGAAUAAAACAUCCUGUAUGUAUACUACACAGGGUGCUCAAUAAAUAUCGAUGAUCUUGUUUUGACUUUUGGAUAUUCGUGAACACUAUACACCUAUCUAAUAACAAAUGUAUGGGUAGCGGUUUUUGCAAGGUAAUUAUUACUAUAAUACAUGCAUACAUUAAUGUGAUUAUAGCACGCAUAUCUUAAAAUAUGGCACUUUAAAAACUUUAAAAUUACUAGUUAUAUUAACGAAUGAGUGCCUUGGUGUUGCUAUAAAAAAAAAGCUAAACGUCAUACUAGUUUUUGUUUGGAUUUUUAUUUUAAAUAUUUUGCUCCACUAUUCGCGAAACAUGGUGAAAAUAUAAUUUACAGUAAGUACAUAUGGUGCUGCUUUUCCGCACUAGUGCGUAAAUUAGCACAUUAUGUAACUAUGUCGAAACUUAGAGCCAUAUGUACUGUAAAACUUUGUACGAUACACAUGCGAAUAGGUAAUUCGCAACUCGUGUCGAUUUAAAUCACUCCCUUCGUUCGUAAAUAACUAUUUCCAAGUAUAACCUCAUCUAGCAUAACGUCAGGUGACAAACAAAAUUCACUUAUGACUAAAAAAAUAAUUAAGCAAAAAUCAACCUUAUUUUCAUAGCAAUAUGGUUCAUUGUGGCUAUGAACUUGUGGUGGUAAUUAGUGAGGCUUGUCACCUGACGAUAAUAUAAGUAUUUUUGCGCUUAAAUUUUUUGGCCCAUGAAAAUAAUUAAAUAUUACCAUAGAGCAAAUAAGUAAGCAUAGUGCUCAGUCCAAACAUCAGUUCUUACCAAAACGCUUAUUACUUUCGUAGUCGACAUCUAGCGCCAAGUAGCAGAUUUAUCACGACUGCUAUUUGACAACAGAUGUCUCGAGUGUCGCGACGGUCAAAAAGUGUUUUGCUCAAAAAUUUUCAACUUAUAUUAAAAAUUAAAUUAAAUAAUCGUUUAAUUCAGGCAUAGCCCAUAUAAGUGUUAGUAACAGCCUUAAAUAAUAAAAAGAAUAAAAUAGAAAAAUAGGAGUUGAAAAUAGAGUACCAGUUAAUCCGGUUAUAAUAUUGUUGAUUUUUCGUUAGUGGCGACAUCUAGUGUCAAAUAGAGGUACUGAUGAAUCUGCUAGUUGCCGCUAGAUGUCGACUGGGAAAAUAAUAAACGUUUUGGUAAGAAACCUGUUGUAUGGAGUGAGCAUUGUAUGCUUACUUAUUUUUAUAUGAUAUUAGUAAUUUAUGAAAUAUCUAGGCACUCGAAUACACACAAAAGUAAUUGAAAAUUAUGACAAAUAAUGCCCUGUCGGCAUCCGGGCUAGAAAUGUGAAGUUAGCAGAUAUUCAAGCCAAUUAUUUGUUAGUAUAGGGUCUAUAUUGUUUCCCCAUAAAGUUUUAAGUCAUAAUCAGAGCCCGUAAUUUUCAUGCCGUUGACAGAAAAAUGACGUCACGCUACAUAGAGUAUGAUUCUAAUUAGGAUUUUCGUAAUAAUUAAUCAUUUGUCAAUCUCUUUAGGUAACUGAUACAUAUACUUGACAAUCAGUACAGAAACGUCUAACUGACUUUCAUUUUAUUGUCACACAAAUAAAUAAUAGAUUAUUAAUUUAUGAAAUAAUACAUAUUUUUGGUUUUUAACAGCGUGACAAGCUUUUAUUACAGGGAGUUACUACAAAUUUAGAUAAGUAAGUUAUCUAAAUUUGUAGUAACUCCCUGUAUGUUAAAUUACGUAAUUUUUGCGUCAACGGCAUGAAAAGUACGGGCCAUGGUCAUAAUAUACAUUAUAAUAUACAACAAUACUGUUUAUCCGCAUUUUUGUUAGUCAUAAUUUACUUUUUCUCAGAAACGCAUAAAUUUUCAACAUUGCCACUUAACAAACCUAACCUAUAUACAGGAUGAUCCAGGAGACGUGAGCAGGAUCAAGCCUGCGUAUUCAGUAAGUUAUCAGUAAUUGUUUCGUACCAGUAUUUGUGAGAUUAACGUUAAAUUAUUUUUUUGUGUUCAAAAUUUUUAUUUUAUUUUAUUUACGACUUUUAUGGUCACCCUCUUUGUUUUAUCCAUAACAAGUGACACAUUGAAUGUUAUCAGAAUCUGGUUACUUUUGAAAAAUCGUAUCUCACUCAACUGUGACAUUUUAUUUUCUUCAUAAUCAAAGUGCUGUCACAACGGUUAAAGAGUUUCAAUCUUUGUUAACGCAUUCACUGCCAGGGGGCGUGGCCUAGGAACAAACUUGUAUGACGGUGAACGCAUAUAUGCGUCGGUGGCAGUGAAUGCGUUAAUUAAGUGUUGUAGGGUGUCCAUGAUUGUAAAUAAUCAAAUUUGUUCUUAAAAAAAGUUAGAUAACAGAAAAAAAGCGUGAUUGUUUCACUUAAAUAAGACGGUGAACUGUUCAUUAACAUUUACUGAUUGUGUAGACUUUGUCCUGCUCACGUCUCAUGAAUCACCCUGUAUAUGAUAACCUUACGAAAAUCACUAAGUUUCAGAAUUAUGACUAAUGAUAAUCUGACAAUCAUUACAUUAUGACUAACAAUAAUUAUGUCAAACAAAGGGAUCCGGUUAGACCCUAAAAAUAGCAUGGGUAUUGCAGAUUAAGAGCUCAAAAUUAUCUACACAAUGAGUAUUGCCUACUUGACAGUUUUUUGUAAAUAAUGUCAAUCGAUCUUGAUUUUCCUGAGGAUCAAAUGUCUAUAUAGGACUCAUGGGAUUUAAGCAACACAAAGGUCAGAAAUGAGAGUUAAAGUCUGACGCUCGCAGUCGACGAUUGAAACGCCUCUAACAAAAUGAUAUUAUAAUGUGACGUCACAUUACAUUAGUCUGUCCUAAAUGUAUGGAAGAUCAAGAAAAUUGCUAUUUUGACCGUGAAAUAUUGCGUUUAUGUAUAUAGUUGUCAUAUUAUUUUUCAAAAACAUUUAAGUAAUUGAAUGGUAUAAUUUUCUUUUCACCACACCAACUGGUAAAGGCCCUCUUGAUCGUUCAAAAGCUAAUGAGAAAGUUGCAUUUUAUCCACAUGUGGGUCAAAGUAAUCAGAUGCAAAUUUUGAGUUGUUUCCUUAUGUUGGCUGGUGGAAUUUACUUUUAAAUAACGAUUUUGAAUAUUACAUUUUAUAUUACGUUCAUUUGGAUUUGUUUUGUUUGGUAUUUCAUAGUUAGUAUUUUCCUCGCGUUGGUGUGGUGAAAAAAUUUGUGUUUCACUCGGAGGCAAAGUUAGUUUAACCGUCGUGCCUUAAUACCCUCGCAACGCUCAAGAUUCCAUUUCUUGAACCACGAGCGUAGCGAGUUUUUUGGAAUGUUUCGCUUGCUCGGGUAUCAAUAUUCGCACGAGCGGUUAAACAACAACUUUGCCCACUUGUAAAACAGGAUAACUAUUUUAUAUUUCAAAGUUAAAAAAAAAACAAUUUUUUUCGAGACUUUGAAGCCUUGUAUUUUUUUAUAAUCGCAUUAUGUCUUUUUAAAUUCCACUUUUUAUAAUGAAUGGCCAAUUUUCUAUCCAUUUAACUAAAUUUUGUUAUAAUAUUCAACAUUUGUCAUGUAUCCAAUUGCUUUUUACGCGCAUAUCUUCUUACCUGUUAGCUUUAUUUGUGAAGCUUAAAGAAAUUACCGAAAAUGUAUAUAUUAAAAAAAAUCGUAAUAAGGCAGCUUUUAUAUAAAAAAAACAUGUACCUACAAAAACAAGGCAAGGUUAAUAAAAAUUGAAAAUUAGAAUUUUAUAUGAAACAUAUUGCUAUGGUUUUUGUACCAGUGAUAGUUUUCUGUGUAAUUUUAAUUUCCAUUGACUAAAAAUCGACUGUGUUUACAAAGUACUUAAGUUUUGUGAUAUAAAUAUAAAUAGAAUAGUAUAGGAAGUUGUAAUCUUAGCUAUUGGAAAAUUAUUUAAUAAAUAUUAUUUCAAACACAAA